CUGUGGUUCCCGUUGUACAGAUCUGAGAAGACUUGCCGAGCUGGCAGGACUCUCAGACUGUGGAUGAAACACCACCAGUGAAAUACAGAAGGAUAUAUCCAGAGAAGGGUGGUGGCUGCCACCAAGGAAUGGAUGAACAUGGCCUGGCAGAUGACACAGUUGCUGCUUCUGGUUUCGGUGGCUACUGCGUGGGGUGCCCAGUCCAGGACUCCAGGGGCCAGGAGAGACCUGCUCAGUGUCUGCAUGGAUGCCAAGCAGCACAAGACAAAGCCGGGCCCUGAGGACAAGCUGCAUGACCAGUGCACUCCCUGGAGGAAGAACGCCUGCUGCUCACACAACACCAGCCAGGAGCUGCACAAGGACCCCUCCCUCUUGUAUAACUUUAACCUGGACCACUGCGGCAAGAUAGAGCCUGCCUGCAAGCGCCACUUCAUUCAGGACAACUGUCUGUACGAGUGCUCACCCAAUCUGGGGCCCUGGAUCCAGGAGGUGAACCAGAGCUGGCGCAAGGAACGCUUCCUGGACGUGCCCCUGUGCAAGGAGGACUGUCAGCAAUGGUGGGAGGACUGCCGCACCUCCUACACCUGCAAGAACAACUGGCACAAGGGCUGGGACUGGAGCUCAGGAUCGAACAAGUGUCCGGCCGGAGCCGCCUGCUGCACAUUUGAGACCUACUUUCCCACGCCCGCAGCCCUGUGUGAGGGCAUCUGGAGCCACUCCUACAAGCUCAGCAACUACAACCGAGGGAGCGGCCGCUGCAUCCAGAUGUGGUUCGACCCGGCCCAGGGCAACCCCAACGAGGAGGUGGCCAGGUUCUAUGCCUUGGCCAUGAGUGCGGGGGCCAUGUCCCAUGAGAUUGGGCUUCUCCUGCUCAGCCUGGUCCCUAUGCUGCACCUCUGGCUCCUCAGCUGAGUCCCUCCCACUGCUGACAUCUGGACAUCUUCCUUGACUGCACCCAGCCUAGGUGACCCAGCCUCAGCCCAGCUCAGCAAUCUCAGAUAAAGGGGCCUCCCAAUGCCCUAGUAAUUAUGCUUCUUGAUCCAGGAUGGGUCAUAUGGGGUUCCUCUGACAGCCUAUUUUAAUAGACAGAUCCAGGUAUAUCUUGUGUCUCGAUAAUAAUUUGGAGAUGAGUCGUUUGGGGGGCAACAUGCCUCAUUGCUUUAUCAUUCCUAUUGAGAGGCCCAAAGAGGGACUGGGACUGGCUUGAAGUUCACCAGUAAGUAGGGGUGGAAGCUGACCCCUAGGUCUGAGGUUCUUACUUCUACACCAGGCUUCCCCCUCAAGUUCCCUCCCCCAAGUUCAUCACUCCUACAUCACAGGGCAUGAUGAGGGCAUUGGUGGAAGAGGUGGGCAGAGACUGGCAGAUGAGUCAUCAGGCUCCUGGUGGGAAAUAAAAGUUUCUUGCCCCUUCCUUCCCUUUCUAGAUGUGGACUAGGGUGGAGCUAUUGGUGGUGGUAGUGGGUAGGGAAUGCCAAUGAAGAGCAAUGGCAUUGCUUCCCUUUCUUAAAAGGACAAAUAAUGCUACACUGAAUCAUCUUAUGCAUGGUAGAAUGCUAUACUUGAAUUUCAGAAAAGGGAUUGCUGGGUCAAGAAGCAUAUGCAUUCGGGUGCUUGGGUGGCUCAGGCAGUUAAGCGUCUGACUUGGCUCAGGUCUUGAUCCCACAGUUCAUGGGUUCAAGUCACACCGUCAGGGUCUGUGCUGACAGCUCAGAGCCUAGAGCUUGCUUCUCCUCUCUCUGCCCCUC